CGCACGCGCUUGCCAGGGGGAGGGCGGAAUGCGGACCGCCGAGGGCGGAAGCGCUGGCCAGGGGAAGAGCGGAAGUGCGGACCUGCGAGUUUCGGCUUGCAAGCCAUGGCAGCGCUCGGCCGGCAGGUCUUCGACUGGCACCGCCUCGUCCCCCUCACCUGGGCCCAUGUUGCUAGGCAGACCCAUCGAGGAGAACAGAAAAGGAUGUGUCCAUCUUUAUUGUGUAAACUGACCACAGCCUCCAAUGGAGGGGGCCUCGAGAAGUUAUCCCAUGUGGAAUCCGGAACUUAUGUGCAGGAACCAGCGUGCAGGAUGCGUCUCACUCGGUACUCCCUUGAGAAGCAGAGGACUCCCGUGGCUCGAGGGUUUGUGGAGCGAGAGAAGGUCAUCAGUUCGCUCCUGGACAUGGGUUUCAGUGACAUCCACAUUAACGGAUUGCUCCAUCUGUGGCCAAGUACACACACUCAACAGUUGCUGGACAUCAUUUCAGAAUUAAUACUCUUGGGUGUGAACCCAGAGCCUGUGUACAUGGCCUUGAAGCAAAGUCCUCAGUUGUUGAAACUGCCUGUAGUGCACAUGAAGAAGCGCUCCGGCUAUCUGCGAAAGCUUGGUCUUGGAGAAGGGAAACUAAAGACGGUUCUUCUCUGUUGCCCUGAAAUCUUCACCAUGCAUCAGAGGGACAUUGACAGCAUUGUUGGUGUUCUCAAGGAGAAAUGUCUUUUCACGGUACAACAGGUGACCAAGAUUUUACACAGAUGCCCCUAUGUUCUUCGGGAGGACCCCGGUGAACUGGAAUACAAAUUCCAGUAUGCCUAUUUUAGGAUGGGGGUUAAACACUCAGACAUGGUGCGGACUGACUUCCUGCAAUACUCCAUAACCAAGAUCAAGCAGAGACACGUGUUCCUCGAGCGCCUAGGACGGUACCAAACCCCUGAUAAGAAGGGUCAGACACAGAUUCCCAAUCCUCUCCUUAAGGACAUUCUCAGAGUCUCAGAAGCUGAGUUUCUGGCCAGGACAGCCUGUUCUUCCGCUGAGGAGUUUGAAGUUUUUAAGAAGCUCUUUGCUCGGGAGGAGGAAGAGGGGUCUGAGAGCCACAUGCCUUACAGCAAAAGCUUAAGUCUGGAUGAGGAUGAGGAUGAGGACAAGGAGGAGGUCGAAGAGUGACGGGAGGAUGGAGGUUGGGAAUGAAGAGCCCAGCGAUACCAAAGAGUAUUAU